AUGUCAUUGACCACUCUGUUCUCUGCGCGCCUUCUUUCCAGAUGCGUUUCCCCAAUGUCUCAGAGGCAUGCUUCGAGAACUCCAUCCUAUUCUGCAUCCCCAGCCUUUCAACAGCAUAAAUUGGAGUCGACGCCACUUUCUUCAUUGCACCACCUCUUUCCUCCCCCACUCUCUUAUUCCCAAUUCCUCAUCAUUCUACUGUGUCCUCACGUCUUUUUCAUGUCGCAAAUCUCAGAAUCCGAUCUCCGUGCGAGUUCUCCCAAGGCCACAAAUGGGCUCACUGGAUAUACCUGCACAAACUGUGGUCAGUUUGCCAAGUUUAGGAUCUGCCAGAGCAAUGCGAAAGGGAACAGGGGGCACCUUAUAGCAACGUGCCACCUUGCGAAUGAACAAGGCGAACCCUGCCAGUUCUUUCACUGGGCCCCAGGUUCAAGCAAAUCACCUAGUGCAUCGCCUCCUACACUCGCCACCCCCACUCUUCCUUCCAUCCCUGUUGCUGCCACCUACACCUCUGCCCCUGCUCCCGUUACCACCACUUCCAGUGGUCUGAAUCCCUCAAAGUGCCCUAUUCAAGGUUGUGGGCAGACGCGCCUCGCGGAUGACUCCACCAUCCACGGCAAUUGUUGCCAACGACAUCUCCUCUCAACCCCUCGAGCACGCGAUGCACGCUUCGCAUCACACCUCCUUCCCAUUUACGUCGAGUCGUUGGCACGCGAGCAAGCGCUUGAGCUCUCCAAGAGCAAACUUGAUGCCGAACGCAUCACUAGCGCCAAGCAAGCUGUACAAAAGGUUACUGUACAUGCUUGGAGGCCUGAUAAUGCUGAACCCGAAAGCUGUCAAUUACAAAAAGGGUUUACAUGGCCCUUCUUGAAGCUGUCAUCGGCCACUCUCUCUCUUGUCGGGCUUCAAGCAUCAGUGGAGUCUAGGACUUUGCAGAUGUAUGAUGAGUCGGAGGGAUAUUGGUUGACAGUCGGCGUGGAUCAUAUCAUUGAGGUUCACGAGGUCUCCCGCCCCCACCUCCGCAACAACCUUCCUCAAGAACGCGCUUAUGUCCGUAAUGCAUGGAGGUCUCUUAUCCCUGCCGAUGGCUCAUUGUCACCUCAGAAGCGCAAGGCGGCAUCCCCACCCAACCUUCUCCCACACGCUGUCAAAUAUGAUCCCAUUGAGUUGAGUGACGGCGAAGAGAAGAAGUGGCCGAGGGACUAUUUUGUCUGUGACGUUGUGCCCUGCUUUCGUGAUGCCAAGACUUCUGUCCAUGGGUGUCGCGCUCGUACUGCCGCCAUUAUCUUUUGUGAACAUUUCUCCGGCCUUGCCUUCCACUCAUCUACCUUCUCCGACAAUAAAGCCAUCUGGAGACAAGCACCACAACACCUUAAGCACCACUACCUGUGUGCUAGCAGAAAGGAAGCAGGGUACUGGUACAAGUUUGCUGCAGAGGUUAAGGAACAUAUGAGGGCACAGGCCUCGUCGUCAUUAGAUGUAGUUGAGCUUAGCAAUUGA